AUGUACUCUAAGUACUGCACGCAAGACCCUCUGCGACUCAUCCUAUCAUCCCCGGUCCCUGCGCGCAUCCGAUUUUCUACGGUCGGAGACUGCAGAAUAGCUCCUCCGUCACGGCUGUUUGAUUCCCUGUUUUCAAGUGCCGUUUUUGCGCGCGCGCGCAAAACUCCGCCUACCCUUGUUUGGGGUCGCGAGUGCGUCGCUUUUGAACAAGUCCACUGA